AUGGCAGGGGGCACUUUAAAAGAUUAUUUAUACGGUUCAAAGAUCCACGAUCAUCUUCCAUUGUCAUGGAAACAAAGGCUUCAAAUCUGCAUCGAUGCAGCAAAAGGGCUUGAUUAUUUACACAUUGGUUCCACCUUUGGUGUCAUUAUUCACCGAGACAUUAAAACCACCAACAUCUUGCUCGACAAAGACAACAACGCAAAGGUAGCCGAUUUCGGGAUAUCAAAAGCUGGAGUACCCGACGCCAAAGCAUUAGACGCCACGGUUAAAGGCACUUUCGGGUAUCUCGAUCCCGAAUACCUCAACACGUUUCAAUUAACAGAGAAAUCUGACGUGUACUCGUUCGGUGUCGUGCUUUUUGAAGUUCUCUCCGCUAGACCUCCAAUCGUCAAGACCCUUCCAAGUGAACAGAUAAACUUAGCCGAUUGGGCAAUUUUGUGCAAAAAAAGAGGAGAGAUUGAAAAGGUAAUUGAUCCGUUUCUUGUAGGUACCAUUGAAGCAAACUCAUUGAGAAAAUUUGUUGAAAUUGCUGAGAAAUGUGUGGAUGAAGUUGGGGCAAAUAGGCCUUCAAUGCACGACGUGGUGUAUGAUUUGGAAUUGGCGUUGCAGUUUCAGUUCACGCCUGUAGACGGUGGGAAAGGGUAUGAGGGAAGCACUACCAUUGUUGAUGCUUCAUGGGAUAUUGAUUCAGGGAUUCUUGACCGCAUUCGUUCGAGAGGGCUUGAUGAUUCGGUCGUAUAUGAGGAUAGCACGACUAUAAAUGCGAGAGAAUUGGUUGAAGAGUUCAAGAUUGAUUGUGCUCGAUGA